GUGACCAAACCCUGCGGCGGCCAACACAAUCCUAACAGGGUGACAGCAGUGGGGAUGGAAUCUCUGCAGGCACAGAAGUGCAGGGAGUUAUCCGGCUGAGAGGGCAUUGCCAUCUGGAGAGGCUGGGACCGACCGGGCGCUGAUUUGUGCACCAAGCAUGGCGCUUUCCAAUUUAUCUGAAUACUCUGAUGACUCUGAUACCUAUGACUACUUGGAUUACACCUAUGAAGAGCCAGGUAGCGUGUGGACAGGCCCGUCCUACGACCCAAAGGACGUUGCAAGGAUCCUCUCUGUUGUCAUCUACAGCGUGUCCUGCGUGCUGGGCAUCCUGGGGAACGGCCUUGUCAUAGCCAUCAUCACCCUGAAGAUGAAGAAGUCGGUCAACGCCAUUUGGUUCCUCAACCUGGCCGUCGCUGACUUCCUCUUCAACAUCUUCCUACCCAUAAACAUUGCGUACACGGCCAUGCGCUACAACUGGAUCUUUGGGACGGUCAUGUGCAAGCUGAACUCAUUCCUCCUCAUCCUCAACAUGUACACCAGUGUCCUUCUGCUCACCACCAUCAGCUUUGAUCGCUACGUGUCCGUGGUUUUCCCCGUCUGGUCUCAAAACCAUCGGUCCACCAACCUGGCAUGCAUGGUUUGCCUGAUCAUCUGGAUGGUUGGUAUCAUCAUGAGCUGCCCUUCUCUUGUCUUCCGAGAUACAGCGCAAGCCCGCAACUCUAUCAUUUGCUUCAGCAACUUCUCCCUGUCCAGGAAUAGGUCUUACCAAGCACUGGCACUAGUGAGACACCGAACAGUGAACAUCACCAGGCUCUUUGCUGGGUUCCUCCUACCCAUCACCAUCAUCACCUUCUGCUAUGUCUCCAUCGCCUUGAACCUGCGUCGAAACCGCCUCGCCAAGUCCAAGAAGCCCUUCAAGAUCAUUGUCACCAUCAUCGUCACCUUCUUCCUGUGCUGGAGUCCCUACCACCUGCUGAACAUCCUGGAAACAGAGCCCGACCUGACCCCACGCUCCGUGUUUGAGAUUGGCGUCCCCAUCACCACGGCGCUCGCUGCCUCCAACAGCUGCAUGAACCCCGUCCUCUACGUCUUCAUGGGCCAGGACUUCAAGAAGUUCAAGGUGACCAUCCUUUCCAGGCUGGUGAAUGCUCUCAGUGAGGAGACGGGCCACUCCAGCAUCGUGCACAGGAGCUUCUCCAAGAUGUCUUCGAUGACGGAAAAGGAGACAACCGUCCUCUAAGUCUGGAUCCACGUGGGAUGGCCACAGUCUUCCAGGGCCACCCAUGUCCAGCACCAUGAUGGUGGAAUGGGCAUGGUCUUAUACAAACAGGGCAUACUUGGACUGUGAUCGCACUACAUGGACAUGUGUUGGAGACCUCUGUGUGUGUGGCCUGUGCUCCUUGGCCAAGGCACUCCUUUAUUUUCCAGAGACAGCUGCAGGAAACGUGAGCAUCAGUCUGUGCUGCCCAGAGCUGCCCAUGGAUGGACAACCUGUCCCAGCUGGAGGUGACAAGGGCUGGGUUAUGGGGUGCACUGUGAGGACAGCAUGUGCUGGGCAGUCUUGUGAUAAAACAAAGCAAACAAAGAAAGCAAUGAGGGAAAACAGGUGAGUUUUCUUGUUAUGGGACGUGUCCGGGGGUGCACCUUGGCUUUCUGAAUGGGCGGAUGCCACCCGCCAUGGCAAUACAGUGACACUGUGCCUUAUGUAUGCAUAUAGCCACUUAUUUUAAAUCCUGACAUGUAUUGGUACUAGAGCAAUGUUUCUAACUGUGAUGUGAGCACUGUAUACCCAGCAGAGAACGCCGCAAUAAACACAGUGCUCACCCAAGAGCUCAGCCCCAUCGUGGAGCCUCUUUCUGUGCCCCCACUCCGCCCAGCAAAGCAGUGCCACGGGGAUUUGGGAUGGUUCACGGACUCAACCAAGUGGAAAGCUGGCAGCAAAAAGAGAGAGAUGCGUCCUGGAGGAUCCUUGCAGCGUGCCCUGGUAAUGGCUGGUGGAACUGGUGUCUCUAUUCAAUUUCAUGCACAGUUAACUUGGGAGGUAAUUCAGGAGUU